ACACUCAAAACACUUCAAUUGCUUGGUAUUAGGAAAAAUAGCUUGGAUGCGUGAAGGUUGACACAGUUCUCUUUCUUACUCCACAAAUCCCUUCCUUCCCACUUUUCUUAAUCUUACAUGGACAUCUCACUUUCCUUCUUCCUCAUAUUUUCCAUGUUGGUGAUUCCAUCUUCAUCAACAACAACUCGCAGCACUUUAAACUCACGCUCGUCUCUUUCUGUGGAGAAACCAAAUGACAUUUUGAUUUCACCAAACGGUGUUUUCGCAGCCGGGUUUCACCCAGUUGGCGACAAUGCUUUUGUCCUUGCCAUAUGGUUCGCCAAAUCAUCGAGUCCUACUGUUGUCUGGACAGCCAACCGAGACCAACCCGUAAACGGAAAAGCAUCAAAGCUUUCACUACUCAAAUAUGGCAAUCUCAUCUUAACUGACGGUGGUCAAAACACCAUCUGGUCCACCCCCACCACUACCUCGGCUGCCAUGGUGCAAUUAGCCCUCCUCAACACUGGUAAUCUUGUUCUCAAUUCAUCGAAAAGUUCCAUUCUUUGGCAGAGCUUUGAUUCACCCACAGACACACUUCUUCCUCUCCAAAUGUUCACUAGAUACACAACCCUUGUCUCCUCAAGAAGCCAAACCAACCAGUCAUCGGGUUUCUACAAGCUUUUUUUCGACAACAAUAAUCUUCUAAGCCUUCUUUACAAUGGUCCAAAAGUUUCCAGCAUUUACUGGCCUGACCCCUGGCGCAUGCCGUGGGAUUCUGGCAGAACAACAUUCAAUAGCAGCAAAAUUGCAAUACUUGACACUUCAGGUUAUUUCGUAUCAUCUGAUUUCGUGAAAUUUAAAUCUGCUGAUCUUGGUUUGGGGAUUCAAAGAAGAUUGACCCUCGAUUUGGAUGGUAACCCUCGAUUGUAUAGCUUAGAUGAGAAGACCGGUAAUUGGACCGUAACAUGGCAAGCCAUGGUUGAUCCUUGCAGGGUUCAUGGAAUAUGUGGACCCAACAGUAUUUGUAGUUAUGGUUCUGGUUCCGGUAGGGGGUGCUCUUGUCUUCCAGGACAUAAGAUCAAGAAUGAGAGUGAUUGGUCUUAUGGGUGUGAAUUAGAACACAAUCUUCCUGAUAAUGAUCGUAGGGCUAGUUUUGUCGUGGUGGAUCAUAUGGAAUUGUAUGGGUAUGAGUAUAAUGUUGCUCAGAACUCCACCUUAGAGAGUUGCAAGGAAAUGUGCUUGCAAACAUUGAUGUGCAAAGGGUUCUUGUUCAAAUUUGAAAGUGGUGUCUACAACUGUUACGCCAAGUCACAACUACUCAAUGGGAAACAUUCCCUAAAUUUAAUUGGAACACUCUAUGUCAAACUAAAUGUUUCUAAAAAAAGUGGCUUUUUUUCCUCAAAUGCAGUACCUGUUAAAGAAAUGAAAUUGAAUUGCUCGAGUUUGGGCAAGAACACUAUACAGUUGGAUCGAGUUUAUAAAACCAACGAUGGAAACAAGUUCUUGAAUUUUUUGGUUUGGUUUGCCUGCGCAAUAGGAGCUGUUGAGAUGCUAUGUAUACUUUUGAUAUCUUUUUUGGUAUUCAGAAAGCCCAACAAUUCAGGUCCAGAAACGCAAGGCUAUUUCCUCGCCGCAACGACAUUUAAAAACUUCACUUACGUGGAAAUGAAAAGGGCAACACGAGGUUUCAGUGAAGAGAUUGGGAGAGGUGGUCAUGGAGUUGUUUACAAAGGCAUAUUACCCGAUCAUCGAGUUGCAGCAAUUAAGCGGCUCAACGAAGCUAACGAAGGAGAAGCCGAAUUUCUAGCAGAGGUAAGCACCAUUGGAAGGCUAAACCACAUGAACUUGAUAGAGAUGUGGGGAUAUUGCGCGGAGGGAAAGCACAGGCUUUUGGUUUACGAGUACAUGGAACACGGAUCAUUGGACAAAAAUUUGUGUUCCAACAAACUUGACUAUGACAAGAGGUUCAACAUCGUGGUUGGCAUUGCAAAAGGCCUAGCUUAUCUGCACGAAGAGUGUUUGGAAUGGGUUCUGCAUUGUGAUGUGAAGCCUCAGAACAUACUCUUGGACACAAAUUACCAACCAAAGGUAGCAGAUUUUGGCCUAUCCAAAUUACUAAAUAGGGGCGGUGGCCAAAAUUCGAGUUUUUCGAAGAUAAGAGGAACAAGAGGUUACAUGGCUCCUGAAUGGGUUGUCAAUCUCCCAAUUACUUCCAAAGUUGAUGUUUAUAGCUAUGGGAUUGUUGUGUUGGAGAUGAUCACGGGAAGGAGCCCAACGGGAGUCCGCGACGCUGUUGAGGGUGAAGAAGUGGAGGGGUGUGAAAGAUUGGAAACUUGGGUGAGGAAGAAGAUGAAUGGUUCAGAGGCAUUGUGGAUUGAAGAAAUAAUAGACCCUGUCAUGAUGGGGGGAUGUGAGAGCAGUAAGAUAGAAAAUCUGGUUAGGGUGGCUGUGCAAUGUGUGGAGGCAGAUACAGAUGCUAGACCCACCAUGAGAGAGGUGGUGGAGAUGCUUUUGGGCCACGAUAGCCAUGACACCGCCUAGUGAGGCUCUUUCAUGCAAGGCGCUGGUAGACGAUUCAAGAGGAGUUCUAUAUUUUUAAUUUGGGAUAUCAGAUUAGAAGGAGUAUGACUCUUAGACUGGCCUCUAAUAGUAUAACUUUCUUAUAUAUUUUUAUAUAACUUCCUAUGUACCAAAAAAAAAUUAGGACGAAUUACACCAGUAAUCUCUAUAUUUUAUCUCGUGUCAUUUUAGACUCUACAUUUUUAACUCAAUUUUGACAUUUAAUUUUAAA